GUGUGUGUGGGGGCAGUUGCAGAGAAGGACGGGCUUUACCGAAAGCGGAAUCCUGCUGGCUGUGCUCUGACCUAAGAGCUUGGAAUUCCCAUCAAGUAUCGAUUUGGUACAGAUGAAUAGAUCAGGUUUCAUACGUGCCACGGACUUCGUUCUUUGCUCGAGGUUUUGCGGGGUGAUAGAAGUUCAAGCUAGAACUAAAUGUCAAACGGAGGACUGAACGUCUGCCCCCCCCGAAGUCCCAGCAAUGUUUAGCCGCGUCUGCCAUCGCUGGGGUGCUUAAAGAUAGCCUCAAAUCUAAGAAUAUGAAGAAUUAUGCUGUUUCACAGUGUCAUAUGUGGCCACUGCUUUGUUAUGACAACUGCUGAAGAUAAAGGCCAAGCUGGUGGAUUAGCUCCUGAUCCAGACAGAUGUGCUGACAGAAUUGCAUGUGAGGGAAAAGUUGGUGUCUUGGCAAAGCAGUAUUUAGAGCGAGGCCUUUUGGUACCGGAUCAUGUCAUCACCAGUGUCAUGAUGAUGGAGCUGGAGAAAAAGCAGUCUCAGCAUUGGCUACUUGACGGUUUUCCUAGGACACUGGUGCAAGCUGAAGCACUUGACAGAAUCUGUGAAUUGGAUCUAGUGAUCAAUUUAAAUAUCCCAUUCGAGACGCUAAAAGAUCGUCUAAGCGCUCGUUGGAUUCACCCAGCUAGUGGAAGAGUGUAUAAUAUGGAGUUCAACCCACCAGAUGUACAUGGGAUCGAUGACCUCACGGGUGAACCAUUAAUCCAACGGGAAGAUGAUAAACCUGAUGCUGUUGCUGCUAGGCUAAGAAAAUACAAAGAUGCUGCAAAGCCAGUAAUAGAAUUAUAUAAGAGCAGAGGUGUCCUACACACAUUUUCUGGGACAGAGACCAACAAAAUCUGGCCUUAUGUUUACACUCUGGUUUCCAGCAAGAUCCGGCCUGUCAAUUCCAAAGAAGCUGAUUAACCAUCUUAUGUAGAGGAUCAAGAAUUUAAUAUGGUUGUUCAUUUUGUUUCUCUGUGCUGUAUUGGUGCUAUGCCCAGUUCGAGGAUAGUACAAUGUCUAGAACAACUUCUUGGGUUUACUGGAGUUUACAGUUCUGGAAAUGCAGUUACAGCCAGUGUCCGGGUGGAAAAGAACUCUUUCUGUAAAAGGUGAAGUCUGCUGGAAUAAAUUUUAGUUUUCAUGCUAUAAAGUAUUGCUGAUGUGAUCUGGGAACCCUAAUCAAUGAUGCAGACUUAGAUAUACUCUUUAUCAAAAGCGACAAAGAAUCCCAUGGCACCUUAUAGACUAACAGACGUAUUGGAGCAUAAGCUUUCGGGGGUGAAUACCCACUUCGUCAGAUUCUCAAACUUCACAUGCGUCUGACGAAGUGGGUAUUCACCCACGACUGCUUAUGCUCCACUACGUCUGUUAGUCUAUAAGGUGCCACGGGACUCUCUGUCCAUUUUACAGAUCCAGACUAACACGGCUACCCCUCUGAUACUCUUUGUCAAGUCUCUCUAACCUGUCAUGGUUCCCUCCAACCUACUCCCAAAUCCAUGUACAUAUGCAACGUGCUGCUCCAUUGCUCCACAACACCCUUUUCCUUGGGAUAACUCUACAUGGCAACUUUUUUUUAUUUUCUCUAAGAAAUAAAAACCCUAAAUGCACACUUUGACCCCAUGGGGAAUCAGUGAGUAACGUGGAAAAUAUUUACACUGAAAAGCUCAAAUGUGAAGACAACGUUUCCAGUAUUAAUAAACGUAGAAGAAAAAAUAAUCCUGGGGGUUAAAUAUAUACUUGUGCUGUCCUCCAAAAAAAAAAAAAAAUAGCUGCUAUACGAUUUAAUUUUCGCGAAGUGGUAUGAUAUAUGCCAACCAAUAGACCAGGAAACUGAGUUUGUCCAUGAGAAAUGAGUUGCACUAGUUUGUGCUUUGGUUGUUUAUAACUUUAACGCUACAAGAUAUGGGCAUAGCAUAUUAGUUUGUCCGAAAGAUUUAUUCUAAUGUCUCUUUUUUUGCGGGGGGUGGGGGGGUGUAAUUUUCUCUGGAAAAAGUUCAUUGUAUCUGUUCUGCCUUAUAAUUGAGGUUCUUUCUUUUCUCAGUAUACAGGGGCUAUUCUGGGGGGAAAUACCCUUAGCAGGGGAUUACUUUUUCACAUAAUAAUGGAACACUUUAGGGUCUGGUCCUUCAGGUCUUACAUAGACGCAGUACUCAUUGACAUCUGUGAGAGUUAUGCACGUGUGUUGGAUGGCAAGAGUGGCAACCAAUUGGUGGUAUUUAAGCACUUUGUGAAUCAAAAGCAAAUUGUUUGUUCUUGUAUAUUCCUUGAUAGUCAGGCAAAACUGACUCUGUUACUUUCUGUAUGCAUUGUUGUAACUGUGUUGGUCUCAGGAGAUUAGAGAGACAAGAUGGGUGAGGUAAUAUCUUUUAUUGAAAGUUGAUCCACUAAAAGAUAAUGCUUCAUCCGCCACCUUGUCUCUGCUACUUUAUGCUCAGUCUAGUCUUGUGCUUGAGGUUAUGUACAGUUAAGCAUGCAGCUAAUCUAAAAACACUGCCCAGCUUCUUGCCAGAAACCUUUCCAAGCACUGAAUAAAAACACUGCAUUUUUCUGGA